AUGGAACCACAUUUUUUCCAAAGUGCUGGAAUCAAAAACGAAUUCUUGAUUUCCUUGGCUACCAAUAUUGUUAACGUGGGAAUGACAAUUCCUGGUGUUAUUGCAAUUGAGCUUGUUGGACGUCGUAACUUGUUAUUGGUGGGUGCUGCAGGUAUGUCCUUUUCGCAGUUCAUUGUGGCCAUUGUGGGAGUAGCAGCAAACUCCCAUGCAGCCAAUCAAGUGUUGGUAGCCUUCUCGUGUAUUUUUAUUGCAUUUUUCGCAGCCACUUGGGGUCCUAUUUGUUGGGUGGUUGUUGGUGAAAUCUUCCCAUUGAGAACAAGAGCCAAGUCUGUUGCCAUGUCUGCUGCUUCCAAUUGGUUAUGGAACUGGGCAAUUGCAUACGCUACCCCAUAUAUGGUGGAUUCUGGAAAAGGAAAUGCCAACUUGGGAUCCAAGGUUUUUUUCAUUUGGGGAGGAUUCAACUUUUUGUGUUUCUUCUUCACCUACUUUACCAUCUACGAAACCAAGGGUAUGACUUUGGAACAAAUCGAUGCCAUGUACGAACAUGUUGACCAUGCUUGGAAAUCGAAAUCGUAUGUUCCAAAAGAGCACGAAUUCAGAGGAGAAAUUUCACCUCAUUCCAGCACCAAGGCCGAGGGUGUUUCGGAAGUUGAAGAUGCUUCUGUAUAA